AUGAGACCAAAGGACUUUGGAUUGGAUUACUGCUAUCCUAACAAUAAUGCAUCCUGCUUUAGACGUUUUUUGAAACCAGAACUCUAUUUAUUUCUUUACAUUUUUGCAGGUUUUGUAACAACAGUAACAAUCUGUGGAAACCUUCUUGUGAUUAUUUCAGUCUCUCAUUUCAAGCAGCUUCAUACACCUUCAAACUUACUUGUUGUGUCUUUAGCUGCAGCAGAUUUCUUAAUUGGCUUCUUUGUGAUGCCUUUCCAGUUUUCUGCAGCUAUAGAAAAUUGCUGGUAUUUUAAGACAUUUUGCUCUUCCUAUCUCACUUAUGCAUAUAUUCUAAAUGCAGUUUCUGUUGCAAACAUGGUGAACAUAUCAGUUGACCGCUACCUUGCUGUGUAUGAGCCAUUUUUUUACAGCAUUAAAGUAACUAAUAAUAGAAUGGGUAUUUGGAUUUUACUCUGCUGGUUCUUUAUGAUUCUGUACACAUUAACAUUUCUUUACUUUACAGGGGCUGAUAUUGUAACAAGUUUGUGUGAUGGCGUAUGUAGACUAAGUCAUUAUGUAGAAUGGUGGAUAAUUCAUUGUGUAGUCAUGUUUAUUUUGCCGUUUACACUCAUGAUAUGUUUUUAUGCAAGAGUAUUUAUAGUGGCAAAAACUCAUGCACAGGCUAUUACUGAUAUGUUGCAAAAAAUAAAAUCUAUAGACAGAACAAAAUGUUUUGUAACAACAGUAACAAUCUGUGGAAACCUUCUUGUGAUUAUUUCAGUCUCUCAUUUCAAGCAGCUUCAUACACCUUCAAACUUACUUGUUGUGUCUUUGGCUGCAGCAGAUUUCCUUAUUGGCUUCUUUGCGAUGCCUUUCCAGUUUUCUGCAGCUAUAGAAAAUUGCUGGACAGGAUAUUCUAUUUUGGUAGAAAGACCUCUUUUUGAGGAUAGUGCUUUGAAUGUUUACACAGAUGAUGGGAGACUUGGCAUCAUAGGCAAGAAAGGCAUUCAGGCCUAA